UGUUGAACCACAGAUUACAUGCUGCACCAUCUCCAAAUAGAAGAAAGCCAAAUCCCAGAAAUGUCCCUGGAAUUGUACAAAGAGUAUGGGACAACAAUAGCUGGUCUUAAGGCACUGGGUUACAAAUUCGACAACGAUGAGUUCCAUGCAUAUGUUCAUGGAAAAUUGCCAUACCAUACACUGAAACCUGAUCCUUUGUUGAGGAAUCUGCUUCUUUCAAUGCCACAGAGAAAGAUGAUCUUCACAAAUGCAGACAAAGCUCAUGCUGCAAGAGUUCUAAGCAGGCUGGGCCUGGAAAACUGCUUUGAAGGAAUCAUAUGCUUCGAGACACUGAAUCCAACUGAAAAGGUCACUACUACUCUCAGAGACAAUGUAUCAAACACUGAUAGGGCCAAUUGCGAGGGAAGAAUACUCUGCAAGCCAUCUUUGGAAGCCAUCGAAACCGCCAUGAGGAUCGCAAACAUCGAUCCCAAGAAAACAAUAUUCUUUGACGACAGUGCAAAAAACAUUGCAGCAGGAAAGGCAGCAGGUCUUCAUACUGUCCUUGUUGGGAGGUCAGUGCCGGUACCAGGGGCUGAUCUUGCACUGGAGAGCAUUUACAACAUAAAAGAAGCAUUGCCUGAGAUAUGGCAGGAUGGAAAGCAGACGAAACCAGUUAUUGCAGCCACCGCAGUGGAAGAAACCACAGUCCUUGCAUGAGCAUCAUCAUUGGAGGAAUCAACGGACAGCCAUUCAACAUAUAUGACAAGUAUGGAUAUAUAACAUUGUACUUGGGUUAUAAGCAUUGUGGAUGCUUUAUAUGCUCUUGGUCCAUUUUGGGAGACCAGAGUGUAAACUUCUCUUACUUUUCUUAAGGCUCUCAUGAACAAUCUUAUCCUGGUGUCAAAACCCACCCUCACUACUGAUUAAGAUUAUUGAUAACUAAUUUUAGAUGAUUCUUCAGAAACCAUCCAUGUUGUACAACAAAUAAAGAUUUUGAUUGGACGACCAAUGAUAUUAAAAAUUAAAAUGUUUGGCAAGCACAAUGUAUAUUAAGUUCUAAUCUCUCCUCUCCCAUACAAGUUGGACUCAGCUUGAUAUAUAAAAUUUAAUGCUAGGAAGAUCUUACUUAAAUAUUAAUUAAAAACCUAAUGAAGAGAGAGAGAGGUAAAUACAAACUCACAAACUACUCUAAUGAAUAGAAAAAGGCAAAAACAAGAUUUAAACUCAAAAGCUACUUAGUAUUAUUAUGAUGGGCAUCUUAAUUGGAUGUUGUAAAUAUUACAUGUUAUAAAAAUUUAAAUUGUUAGGUAAGGAUAGGCUCUUACAUUAGUAAAUUAUAGAUAAUAAUAUUCUUUUAGAAAAAAAUUAUAAUCAUAAUGCAUGCAUUUAUACCAUAAUUGCUUCAUAGAUAUCCGAAUACAUAAUCGAAUUUGGAUUUGGAUUCUCAAACAGGUUUCUUACAUGUUCUCCAUGCAGUUCAUGUAGUAAUGCUUGCAAAAACCAAAACAAUUAAUCAACCAAAAUGAUAGCAACCAAUCACAUUGCCCUACCUGCAAGUCUCUUCAUUAACUUGCAUUGAUGCCUAUGAGACUCGGAUGGUCAAAAAAUAUUAAGGCCUUAUUGGCUAAUAUUGUUAUGAUAGAAGAUUAAUGCAUGAUUCAAGGGACACACAAGUGAAACAAUUAAUCAAGUUGUAAAUGUACAUUAAUCAUAAAAAAAUUAUUUAUUUUUUACAAAAGGUAAAUGGAUUCGAGCACCUUAUAAUAUAAUUCUUCACUAAAGCAAUCCUUAGUGGAUCUUCAAAAUUAUCUAACCGUGGGUUGAUCUACUUUAGAUGGAACAACAUAUACACCAUAAACUUAAAGAAAAAGAGAAGAACAUCAUCAUAUAAAGGUUUCAUCACUCGAUGCUUUUCUAUAUGCAAUAGCAACAAGAAAUUGAGUUGGGAGAUGCAACCUACUAAGCUUUUCUACACAGAUGAGUAGCAAAUAGUCUUAAUUGUUUCAGAUGAAUUACUGAAAUCAUCAAGAGACAUCCUGUCAGGGUGAUUCAUAGAAAACAGCAGAGCAUUAAUCAAUGACAGAUGAAAUGGUCCCAAUCCAAUGUACACAAUAGUAGAUAACAUUAAACCGUAAAAGAAAAAAAAUCUAAAUGCCCGAAAAAUCACAUGCUCAAGAAGUUGCAUUAUGUUAUCAUAUCAUGUAGCAGCUCUGAUAUUGCCUACAAUAAACGAAGAACUUCCAUGAACUGAUUAACCAAGACAGGAAAUAUCAGAGUAAUGACAAAGAACACAUCCAAUUUUACUAUUGAAGAAACAAACCUGGAGGCAAUAAUCUAACUCUAUGGUCAAUAGCUACGGUUUCUUCUUUUCUUAAUGGAUGCCGAAGAAAGAACCAACAUUUCUGGAGGUCUAACAGAUCGUCACUCUUAUUGGCAGAAUUCUUAGAACAUACAUGUUGCCCGGUCGAUGCAAGCAAAGAAUCAGGAGAGCAUGCAUCAUAAGCAAAUAAAUAUUCUCAAAAAGGAAACAGAAACUCUCACUUAACAAGAAUAGAAACAAAAUUUUGGAUAGGUGAUGGCACGAUGCAUCAUAACAUAUUCUAUUAAGUAGAUUCCUAAAACAAUGAUCUAAGCUUAUUGCAAUUAUGUUCUGGCACCGGAAGGAAUAUAACAAUGAACAAUGAUGUGCCUUUUUCAUCUGUUCAUACGUGCUCUUUCAACUUUAGAAGAACCUAGAAAAAGCUAUCUUUCGUCUUGAAUUCAUUUAAACCUAUUGCUCAUGUCAGGC